GGGACAUCUGUUUGGUCCCGGCGCCAUCCAUUGCAGAGGAAGAUGAUAAGAUCGAGCACCUGAAAAAGGGGCGUGCAGAUCGUGACAGGCUCUUGGAGGCAGCGUUGGACAGUCUUCCAGGCGGCAGUGUCCACAACCUCUCGGCUAUGACACUUUUCAUUCUCAGAACGAUGGAGCCUAGCUUGUGGGCAAUGCUCGGACUCGACAGGUUCAAAGGGGUGUUCUCGCGAGAAAUAACCAGAGAGAAGAUGUGCGAGUUCUUCAACAACGCAUUGUCCUUAGUAGACCGCGGAAAAGACGACAUUUUGGUCGACUACUGCGCCGAGCAAAUCUGGGAUCCUCGGCCCUACAAAGACCCGCACCAGCCGACAGAAGAUAAAAUUGCUUCAAGGCGAACAUUGUUUGCUUUGUUAGUUGAUUUCGGUCAGCCGUUGGAUAUUCUGAGGUGUAUUAAGGAAGGAAUCUCAGACUUGGACAUCCCCCUGUGCCCCGAAAGUCUGAGACGAUGUUUUCCCGCGUGGACUAGAAGGGAUGUCUCAGAUUUCACCGUCCUGCAGAAUCAUAUCCUCGGUCGCGACACAAUUCUACAGAUGGGAUAUACAAGACCUAGGUGAAAGCGCAUCCAAGAGACCAAGGGCGACCUACUCAGGGAUUCUUACCGCUGGAUCCUCGACAACGACGACUUUUAGCGAUGGGGUGACGAUCCACAGAGCAAGCUGCUCUGGAUCAAAGGCG